AUGGGAGAGAAUGGCGAGUCUGCUCAAAAAUACCGAAGAUAUAUUUGGACUGAGAAUGGCCGCACUUUAUAUGAAGAGUGGUGGAGACAGAAUUAUGAGGAGGAUCAAAAGGAAGCAGAAGCGGCUUGGGAUGCUCUAAGUCGUCUCUCUGAUACUACUUGGUGGGAAUGGAAGGACGGAUCUAGAUGCAUGCAUUGGAAGUGGCCGAGGUUUUACCAGAGUACGAUAUGCGAUGGUCUCGAAGGACGUUUCAAGUACACACCCAAAGCCUGGACCCAACCUCAGCGGGCUGGACAGAAUCCUAAAGCUCACGGACUGAUGAAGAUCAAACUUCAGCUAGUUCGAGCAAAGCGGUACAUCACGAAGGGAUUCGUCAAGUCAUUGACUUCAUUCUUUGGAGUGGAUAAAGGCCUGUUCGAUAUCAGAAUGGUGUAUGACGGUACCAAAUCAGGACUAAACGAUUCUCUGUGGGUGCCGGAGUUUCCCCUGCCAACUGUUGAUACAAUGCUAAGGGCGAUCACGUAG